AUGGCAAACUCAGAUGAUGAUGAGGUAACUCUUUUGGAUACAAAAGAGAACCUUAAAAAUUAUUCUCUUAAAGAAUUAAAGUUUCUUACUACUAUGCUUAUAGAUACGAUUAAUGAACUCACUAAAGAUAAAGAGUGUUGGAAGAAAGAUCUUGAAAAAUGUGAGAAAGAAAUGGUUGAAUUAACUGUGCAAGUAUCUGUCAGGUUCAUUUUGAACAAGAAUCCUUAUGAGCUUAUUACCAAAAGAAAAUUCAAAUUGAGCUAUUUCAAGCUUUUUGGUUGCAAAUUCUAUGUGCUGAAUAAUGAGAAGAAUGGUCUUGAAAAGUUUGAUCCAAGGAGUGAUGAUGGUGUUUUUGUUGGGUAUUCUUCUACCAUCAAGGCUUAUAAGAUCUACAAUAAAAGAACACAAUGUGUGGAGAAAAGUAUUCAUGUUAUGUUUGAUGAUGCUAGUGGUACUACUGGAGGUAGCACUCCAGAUGAUGAUAAUUCUGGAAAUCCUCUAAAUGUCCCAAAAAAGUUCGACGAAGGUGAUGAUGAUGGAGAUUCACAGCAAUGGAAAGAAGAUUUUGAAUUUGCUUUGGGCAUGACUGACAUAGAUCAAGCCUUGAGUGAGGAUGAUCCUCCAGCUCUCAUUGAUUCUAGUACAGCUGCUGAAAAAGAAUUUUAUGCUAAGUGA